CGCGAGCUCCACGAAAUCGACGACUGGGACGGACUCCUCGACCCAAUCGACCCAACCCUCCGCUGCGAGAUCCUCAAGUACGGGGAGUUCGCCUCCGCGACCUACGACGCCUUCGACCCGCUCUCCGAGUUCUGCGGCAGCUGCAGGUACAACCGCCACAAGAUGCUCCACGAAUUGGGCCUCGCCAGAAAGCACGGAUACACCACCACCCGCUACAUCUACGCCAUGUCCCACGUCGACGUCCCCAACUGGCUCUCCCGAGCCUACACCACUUGGAGUAAGGACUCCAAUUGGAUGAGCUACGUGGCGGUCAGCGACGACGCCGAAUUGAAGCGAAUCGGCCGGCGGGACAUCGUAGUGGCGUGGCGGGGGACGGUGGCGCCGUCGGAGUGGUUCAGCGACCUCAAUGACCGGCUGGUUCGGGUCAACGACGCCGUCAGAGUGGUCAAGGUCCAAAAGGGUUUACUCUCUGUUUACAAAUCGAAAGCAGAGUCCACACGGUACAGCAAGGCCAGCGCGUCAGAACAGGUAUUUGUCGACGCAAUCUUUCGAGCCGGCCGCGGCGGCGAUAGGGACGCUGUUGUUGACGUCGACGGAGGAGGAGGAGGAGAGGGAGAGCUCCGGGAGCCACUUGGAGGCGUAGUGAGCGACGAUGGAGCCGAUGAGGUCGGGGCGGACGCCUUUAGACUUGAUGCCGGAGAUAGUCGGGAUUGA